AUGGCUCCUUACAAGAUUGUCUUAAUCAGACAUGGAGAGAGCGUCUACAACCAGGAAAAUCGCUUCUGCGGUUGGCAUGAUGCUGACUUAUCGCUUCAAGGCGUUAAUGAGGCUAAACAAGCGGGACAGCUGAUAAAAAUGAACGGGCUUACUUUCGACGUGGCGUACACCAGUGUACUCAAACGAGCCAUCAAGACUCUCCAGUAUGUUCUGGACGAGCUGGAUCUGAACUGGAUACCCGUACAUAAAUGCUGGCGUCUGAAUGAACGUAUGUACGGCGCACUUCAAGGUUUAAAUAAGGCGGAAACCGCUGAAAAACACGGAGAAGAACAAGUGAAGAUUUGGCGACGAGCUUACGACAUUCCUCCUCCAGCGCUCGCCACAAGCGAUGCCCGUUGGCCUGGUAACGAAGCGAAAUACGCCUCACUUCACACCAGCUGCAUUCCUGUUACGGAAUGUCUGAAAGAUACUGUGGAGCGCGUUUUACCGUGUUGGUUCGAUUGUAUCGUCCCUGACAUCAAAGCGUGCAAACGUGUGGUCAUCGCCGCUCACGGCAACAGUUUGAGAGCAUUGGUGAAGUUUUUGGAUAACGUUUCCGAUAAAGAUAUAUUGGAGCUGAACAUCCCGACAGGUAUCCCCCUUGUGUAUGAACUGGACGCGAGCCUAAAACCCAUUAAACACUAUUAUCUCGCCGAUGAAGCCACUGUCGCCGCGGCUAUUUCGCGUGUCGCGAACCAAGGAAAAAAGCAAAAUUGA